UGAAACCAGAGUUUUAUAAUGGAAUGAUGCUGACCCUGUCUGGCUGUGUGUUCAGGAUGUUGUCCUCAGGAAUGAUGCUGACUCUGUGUGGCUGUGUGUUCAGGAUUCUCCUACUGCUCCACACAGCAGACUGCGUUACUCAUAAGGUCAUUACUCCAGUUCGUCAAAUCACUGCUGUGGCUGGUGAAAGUCUAGUUCUGCCGUGCUACGUCGACCCCAGCAUCAGUGCUGAGGGCUGGACGGUGGAGUGGUUGAAACCCUCAGAAGACAAAUACCAACGCACCAUCCAUCUUUACAAAGAGGGCAGAGAUGACAAUGAAUAUCAGAAUCCCUCCUUCAAGACCAGAACAACUCUGUUUAAAGAAGAACUGAAGACAGGCAACACCUCCUUGAAGCUGCUCUGGGUUAGAGGCACUGAUGAAGGAACUUACAAAUGUUUUGUUGGGUCACCUACCUUGGACUGGUAUGAUGAUUCCAACAUUGAAGUCCAUGUUAAAGCUGUAGGAUCUCAGCCAGUGGUCUCCAUUGAGGGACACAGAGGGGCAGGGAUGGGUCUGCUCUGUGAGACACAAGGCUGGUACCCUGAACCAGAGAUGGUGUGGCGGGACAUUGAAGGAGUCUCUCUCUCUGCUGAUCCUCCAGAGACGACCAGAGACUCUGAGGGACUCUACACACUCAGACUGAGGGUCACUGUUCAGAAGACAGAUAGAAACCUCUGCAUUUGUAGAGUGAAACAGAAAUACAUGGAGAGAGAUGAGACGGCAAAGAUUCAUGUUCCUGAUGAGCUGUUCUAUCAAGAUCACUCAGGGAAAUGGUCCUUGGCUGGGGUGUUUGGUGUCUCUGUCGUGGGAUUAGCUGUGGCCAUCUGUGUCCUGGUGAAGAGACAUAGAGAUAAAGGGAAGCGUUUCAAGGCCCAGAAAGAUGUUCUUAUGGAAGAGAUUGAUGUUCUUAUGGAAGAGAUUGUUGAUCUUAAGAAAAAGAAUGAUCGUCUUGAUAGAGAGAAGAGUGAGCUCAUUGGGGCGAAUGAUCGUCUUGAUAGAGAGAAGAAUCGUCUUGAUAGAGAGAAGAAUCGUCUUGAUAGAGAGAAGAGUGAGCUCAUUGGGGCGAAUGAUGAGAAGAUGGACGUGUUUGACCUGAAGAAAUACUCCAGAUCAGAGGAAGGUCUUCGGAGGCUGCUGUCAGUGGUCAAAGACUCCAAAACUGCUUUGCUGAAUGACUGUAACCUCUCAGCACAGUGCUGUGAAGCGCUGGCCUCAGCUCUCCCCUCCUCAGAUCUGACAGAGCUGGACUUGAGUAACAACAACCUGGGGGAUUCAGGCAUGAAGAUGCUCUCUGCUGGACUGAGGAAUCCACUCUGCAAGCUGGAAACACUGAGGCUGUCAGGCUGUCUGGUCACAGAGGAAGGCUGUGCUUCUCUGGCCUCAGCUCUGAGGUCCAACCCCUUCCACCUGAGGAAACUGGACCUGAGCUACAAUCAUCCAGGAGAAAAAGGAUUGAAGCUGCUCUCUGCUGGACUGGAGGAUCCACACUGCAGACUGGAGAAACUCAAUGUGGAUCAUGGUGGAGAGUGCUGGAUCAAACCUGGCCUUAGGAAAUGUGAGUAUUGACUGCUACUUGGUUCUAGUACACAAGGUCAUACAAGGGACAAUAC